AGAAUCGAUCUUCCCCCGCGUUCAACAUGGCGAAACUACUUUUCCACCACCGGCAUGGCAUUCAAAAGUCGUAUUUCCAUCGCUAACCCCGAGACGGCAGCACUAGUUGCAGAUUCAUUUGUUCCUAGUGGUUCGAAGGAUAAAGUUAUUGUAGAAGCGUAUCUCGGUCGUGGUGUGUUAACUCGCGCUUUGAUGCAGUUGCCGAAAAAACGGAUCCGAAAAAGCUUGAGAACGUAG